CCACAACCACCACAACCACCAUCACCACCACACACCCUUCUCAAUCCCCCCAAGCCCUUCUCCAACAAAACCGCCUUACCCGCUCCUCACAAUCCUCUCGAACCUUCUUGGUUAUCUUGGAUCCUUGGCCGAAGAUAACUUGAGCAUCACACUGUCUACUUUGGGUCGGUUGCGAGUGCUUUAAACUGACCGCUCCUGCGUCUUGCCUCCCGGUCCCCUUUACGUCGUGGUGAGGUGACGACAAUACUAUUGUUCGCAUGCAGCCGCCCCCUUACGUCUCGACUCCAAGUGCUGCUGGCUAGGGAGCCACCUCGACCCGCCCUUUGAACAAGGACUCGAUCUAGCUAGACGAUCUCCUCGUGUUGACUGACCUCACGACCCGCGACGCAUCCUAUGACCCUUCAACGCAUUACGAGCCCCUCCCACCACUUCAACUCGACCUGACAUUACUAUACACUCUACGACUACCACAAACACAUAUUCACAAUGGACCCUAUGGACGGAGUGUACAGAUCCAAGAGCCUCGCAGAUCGUCGUGCAUCCAUGGCCAAUUCAGAGGAAGGCACCGCUCCUUCACCCACCCGCAACGUCCUCACCCUCGACACAUUGAGCACCAGAAUGCCGGCCCGAGUCGAGAAGAUCGUGCAGACAAGGCCUCGAGGCCCUCCCACACCGAACCUCACGACACCCGCCGAACUGGACUCACCUACACACUCGAAUCAUGACCCCCCGCCGCCGCCAACGCCGGCAGCGAGUCCUGGACCGGACAACAUGAGGCCGGAUUGGAGUGCAGCAGGGGACCAGGAAGACAUAUUCCUCGCGCAGAUCCGACAAUACUUCAAGCAACGAUCGGGCCCAGAGCGCACGAGGAUACUAGGGGACCUGUUGAACCUGUGCACGAGCCAGCAGCUUAGUUUUGUAUCACAAUAUGUCAGCCCGCUGCUAAAGAAGGACCCCUUCACCAGCCUGCCGGACGAGUUAUGUUUGAGGGUGCUGUCAUUUCUCGAUGAUGGGAAGGUCUUGGCCCGAGCGUCACAGGUCUCACGGAGGUGGAGGGAUCUAUUGGCUGACGACAUGACCUGGAAGAACCUCUGUGAGAGACACGAUUACAGGCGCCGACUCUCUGUCCGCGACGACACCAUCGAGCCGAAUACGAAUAUUCCACCGUUGCCGGUCAGGCCUCAAGCAUAUCCCUUGGUGACAUCGGCGCCACAACUCUUCGGCGCCAACUACGCGCCCUCAGCCCCGCCUUUCACAUCCCACUCGCGCAGCUUCGACACUGUGACGGCGCACUCGAAGAUGGCGAAGAGGCCGCCCAUUCGAUCGCACAAGUCCUACUUUAAGCAGAGGUACUUGGUUGAGACGGCGUGGAGGUCUGGCGGGCAGCAUGUUUCGCGACACAUUACGCAGGAUCAGGGCGUUGUCACCAGCUUACAUCUUACGCCGAAGUACAUUGUCGUUGCACUCGACAACGCCAAGAUUCACGUCUUCGAUACCGACGGUGAUACCCAGAAGACGCUACAGGGCCAUGUAAUGGGUGUGUGGGCGAUGGUUCCGUGGGGGGAUACACUUGUCAGUGGAGGAUGUGAUCGUGAUGUUCGGGUCUGGGAUAUGGCAUCUGGUGAGAGCAGGCAUACCCUGAGGGGUCAUACGUCGACUGUGCGAUGCCUGAAGAUGUCAGACGCCAACACCGCGAUAUCCGGAUCUCGAGACACAACCCUGAGGAUAUGGGACAUCAAGACCGGACUUUGCAAGAACGUCCUCGUCGGCCAUCUAGCCAGCGUCAGGUGUCUCGAGAUCCACGGCGACAUAGUAGUUUCCGGCAGUUACGACACGACCGCCAGAGUCUGGAGUAUUUCCGAAGGACGCUGCUUGCGCACGCUGAACGGCCACUUCAGCCAGAUCUACGCCAUCGCCUUUGACGGAAAGCGAAUUGCGACGGGCAGCUUAGACACCAGCGUGCGCAUCUGGGACCCGGAGAACGGAACUUGCCAAGCUAUCCUGCAGGGUCAUACGUCGCUUGUUGGGCAGCUGCAGAUGCGUGGGAAUACGCUUGUCACUGGCGGUUCGGACGGGUCUGUGAGGGUGUGGUCGCUGGAGAAGAUGGCGCCUAUUCAUCGACUGGCGGCGCAUGAUAAUAGUGUCACGAGUUUGCAGUUUGACGAUAACCGCGUUGUCAGUGGUGGUAGCGACGGCCGCGUCAAAGUCUGGGAUCUCAAGACCGGACAUCUCGUUCGCGAGCUCACUGCCCCCGCCGACGCGGUGUGGCGCGUUGCGUUCGAAGAAGAGAAGUGUGUGGUCAUGGCCAGUCGUUCCAACAGGACUAUUAUGGAGGUAUGGUCGUUCUCGCCUCCUCUGGAGACUACCCAGGAGAGAGCGGGCUUUAUACAUGACCUCCCCCCACGACCGCUCAGUGAGACGGGAUAUCGGUUUACGGGGGCGGAUGAGGAUAUAGGGGGGUUGGAUCCGCUGGGCACUACGUAUGCGAGGGAUGAUAUCGAUAUGGAGGAUGCGGGACCUUCGACGGCGCCGUCACGGCCGAGGACGUUUCUUGAUGAUUGAGUGAGUUAGGAGACGUGCCAGUACGGCUUGAGCUCUUGAUGGAACUCCGACGACGGGAAUUCACAUCGCACCUUAUCGUCGACGCGUUGACUCAGACGUGAUCUCCCUCGACUAUCGAAAUGUACGAGUAUUAAUCGUCUAUACUGACCAUCCUCACACAACUCGCUAUUGCUAUACACUAUGUAUGUCUGUAAAGACAAAUACAAAUGCCUCAAACACCUCCACCUACCUCUACUCACUCAGCGUUCGAUUUCCAGCCAUGAAACGGCUACCAUUGGACACAACCACAAUCAUCACCCCAUUGUCACACUCGUAACGACCUGAAGAAUGAACGGAACGUAACAUACAACAUCGCGCGGUUUUUUCUCGGACACAAAAUGCAUCACAACAAUGGAGUUUUUUUGUCUUUUCUCUUUUUUUAUAACUUUUUUUUCGAUAUGGCAGGGCUGGAGUAAAUCGGUUGGGUUGGUUGGAUGGGUUGGGGGGACAUUUGGGAAAUCUGAUAGGGACAUGGGCAAUGGGAUGGAGCAAACUUGGGUGGUGGGGGGGGGUUAUUAUCUGGGGAGGCAUUCCCAGUUGAAUUAUUAUU